CCCCUCCAGUCCGGCGGAGAGCCGCAGCGCGGGCGCGGGAGCGGGAUGGAGCGGUGCUGUCGCUGAACGGCUAGGCGGGAGAGCCGCUGAUUCGUGCUGCCUGCCGCGUCUUGUCUGUCCUUCGCGGGGCUGUGUCGCAUGGGGUCGCCGCCUGGGAGCCCCCGUCGCUUGUCGUCCGAGGUUCCCUUUCGCCGGGCGGGCGCACUUGUGGCUCUCGGACGAUCGGCGCUGGAGCUCCUCGCGGCUGGAUGUGGGCUCUGCAGUCCGCCUGUGGAGAUGCCCUUUCCUGCGCUGGGGUGACGCUCUGGACGGCCAUGGCGUUGGAGGGCUCGCAGGGGAACGGAGCCACCGGUAGGCCGCCGUCCCGGCGAAGGGAGAGGCGCGGGAGAGCCCUGACGGUCGCCCUGAUCGCCCGGACGCGCAUCCACGGGCUUCGGUACGUGUACUCGAGGAACUCGUCGUUCCAGCACCGGGCGCUGUGGCUCCUGGCGUUCUGCACCUCUCUGGGCUGCCUGCUCUCCUGGUCCUCCAACCGCUUCUUGUAUCUGCUCUCCUUCCCCACUCACACCAAGUUCCACAUGGAGUGGGCCAAAGAGCUGGCCUUCCCCGCCGUCACCAUCUGCAACAACAACCCGGUGCGCUUCUCCAAGAUGACCAAGAGCGACUUGUACUUCGCCGGCCACUGGCUGGGGCUGCUGCUGGCCAACAGGACCGCCCGGCCCAUCGUGCUGGAGCUGCUGUACGACGAGCGGCAGCAGUGGUUCGAGAGGCUCUCGGAUUUCAGGCUCUUUCUGCCCCCCCGGAACUUCGAGGGCACCAGUUUGGAGUUCCUGGACCGACUGGGCCACCAGCUGGACGACAUGCUGCUCUCCUGUAAAUACCGGGGCGAGGCGUGCGGCCCUCACAACUUCUCCUCCGUGUUCACAAGAUACGGCAAGUGCUAUGUCUUCAACUCGGGCCAAGAUGGCCAGGCUCUCCACACGACGGUGAAGGGUGGCACAGGCAACGGCCUGGAGAUCAUGCUGGACAUUCAGCAGGAUGAGUACCUCCCAGUGUGGGGGGAGACUGAAGACACGACGUUUGAAGCGGGCGUCAGGGUGCAGAUUCACAGCCAGGCGGAGCCCCCCUUUGUGCAUGAGCUGGGCUUUGGGGUCGCCCCGGGCUUUCAGACAUUUGUGUCCACACAGGAGCAAAGGCUCACCUAUCUGCCCCCGCCAUGGGGUGACUGCCAGUUGGCAACGUCGGACUCUGACUUCUUCAGCGUCUACAGCAUCACAGCCUGCAGGAUCGACUGUGAAACCCGAUACCUCGUUGAGAACUGCAACUGCAGGAUGGUGCACAUGCCAGGAAAUGCUGACUUCUGCACCCCAGAGCAGUACAAGGAGUGCGCCGAGCCGACUCUGGUCAUGCUGGCAGAGAAGGAUGGCAACUACUGCGUGUGCAGGACCCCGUGCAACCUGACCAGGUACAACAAGGAGCUGUCCAUGGUGAAGAUCCCCAGCAAGACCUCGGCCAGGUACCUGGAGAAGAAGUUCAACAAGUCGGAGAAGUACAUCACUGACAACAUCCUGGUCCUGGACGUUUUCUUUGAGGCCCUCAACUACGAAACCAUCGAGCAGAAGAAGGCCUACGAGGUGGCAGGCCUGCUUGGUGACAUCGGUGGGCAGAUGGGCCUGUUUGUGGGUGCCAGCAUCCUGACCAUCCUGGAGCUCUUUGACUACAUGUACGAGGUGCUGAAGGAGCGCUUGCUGGACUUCCUGAAUAAGGAGGAGGAGGAGGCCAACCGGGACGAGAACGUGGGCCCUUGUGACCCCCUGCCAAACCACUCGGAGACCAUCAGCCACACAGUCAGCGUUCCACUGCAGACCACGCUGGGUACUUUGGAGGAAAUCGCCUGCUGAUGGUGCCAGGCUGGCAGACGCCGAAGGAAGAGACUGGCACUUUGCACUGUGACCCACUCUGGGAGAGACUCACCCGUUCGUGGACACCGGAUGGCUCCGAUGCCGUCCUCUCGAAGUGUCGCCCGCCGCAGCGGCAGGGGGCGCUCUUGCAUGUCCCUCCUUUGGACACUUUUCUAUGAUGAGGUCGGGGCGGCGCACGCUGGGCUGCCGUCGUGUCCGACUUUUCAGGUCCGUCUCGUUUGUUGACCGAACCCGCCACCAUCCACGUGCACCCUGCACAGACGAAGAGGCCGGUGCUGGUCCGGUGGUCAGUCCGCUCGUGCCCACCGUGCGCGCGCGCGCAGCCCUUCCGCGGGCGUCUUUUUUUUUUUUCUUUUUCUUCCCUCUCCUGUUGCGCAAGAA